GACGUAGCGGGCGGAAAAGCAGCGCUCACGUGGGGCGGUGGGUGUGUGUUGUUCAUUCACUGCGACGUUUUAUUUAAAGUUGUAAAAUGGCGACGGUGCAUCUGCGGAUUGGAGAUCUGGUCUGGGGAAAGCUUGGUCGAUAUCCGCCAUGGCCCGGAAAGAUCGUAAGUCCUCCAAAGGAUUUGAAAAAACCCCGGGGAAAGAAAUGUCACUUUGUCAAGUUCUUUGGAACUGAAGACCAUGCAUGGAUAAAAGUGGAGCAGCUCAAGCCUUACCAUCCUCACAAAGACGAGAUGAUCAAGAUCAAUAAAGGGAAGAGGUUUCAGCAGGCGGUGGAUGCUGUGGAAGACUACUUAAAGAAGGCCAAAAGCAAGGACCAGAACUCCGAAGGAAAAGCAGAGUCCAAAGGAAAAAAGAAACCUCUGAAAAUCCUGGAUGAGGAUGAUGAAGAUCUUAGUGCACUGAAGGACCCCUCAGAAAAGGACUUAACAGACUCUGACCCCGAGCCGUCCGCUCUAGAGAGGCUGGGCAGUGCGUCGGACUCGGCAUUCAAGUGGGACAGCAGUCCAGUGAAAGAUGAUCCACAUUUCCAUCACUUCCUCCUCAGCCAGUCUGACAAGCCUGCAUCAUCAAUGGAACCUAUCAGUAAGAGACUGAAAAUUGUAGAAGAGGAUUCAGGAUCGACCUCCAUUCAGGCCGCUGACAGCACAGCCAUCAAUGGCAGCAUCACACCCACAGACAAAAGGAUAGGCUUCCUUGGUCUGGGGCUGAUGGGGAGUGGGAUUGUCUCAAACCUUCUCAAAAUGGGUCAUGUGGUCACUGUUUGGAACCGUACAGCAGAAAAGUGUGACCUGUUCAUUCAGGAGGGGGCCCGCUUAGGACGGACGCCUGCUGAGGUGGUCUCAAUGUGUGAUAUCACCUUCUCUUGUGUCUCAGACCCCAAGGCAGCCCGGGAUUUGGUGCUGGGUCCCAGUGGAGUGCUUCAGGGGAUCAGACCAGGGAAGUGCUAUGUGGAGAUGUCCACCGUGGACCCUGAAACCAUCACAGAGCUCUCCCAGGUGAUAACGUCACGAGGAGGCCGCUUCCUAGAGGCCCCUGUGGCAGGAAGUCAGCAGCUCUCCAACGACGGCAUGUUGGUGAUUGUGGCAGCAGGGGACCGCACAGUGUAUGAGGACUGCAGCAGCUGCUUUAUGGCCAUGGGCAAGACCUCCUUCUUUCUGGGAGAAGCAGGAAACGCUGCCCGUAUGAUGCUCAUUCUCAACAUGGUGCAGGGGAGCUUUAUGGCCACCAUCGCAGAAGGACUGACCCUGGCCCAGGCCACAGGACAGUCCCAGCAAACCUUCCUGGACAUACUCUGUCAAGGCCAGAUGGCCAGCACAUUCGUGGACCAGAAAUGUCAAAAUAUUUUACAGGGUAAUUUUAAACCAGACUACUAUUUGAAGCAUAUUCAGAAGGACCUGAGAUUAGCCAUCUCUAUGGGUGACAAUGCCAACCACCCAACACCGAUGGCAGCAGCAGCAAAUGAGGUUUACAAGAGGGCUAAGGCACUAGACCAAUCAGACAACGAUAUCUCUGCGGUCUACAGAGCCUACAUCCACUGAAGAGCCAGGAGAUGUCCUCACCUUCACUCUCCCUCCAUCUUAACUGCUUCCUUUUUAAAUUGUCUCUUCUCUGCACCCCCGCCCGCACAGAUCUCACUGUGUUAGGGGCCAUCUGGAGCAUUGUGCUGGCUGUACUUGAUUUUUUUUUUUUUUAAUAUACUGUGAUUGUCCGUGACUGGCUGGUUGGUUCAGGACGGAUAGAUGAGGCUCUUGUGCCACAUACACAGACUGUACUGAUAUUUAGGAAGGUAUUUUACUGGUCAUUUUUCAUGUAAUGGCUUUAUUUAACAGUGUUCUUUUAUGUUGAGAAAAAUAACCAAGAACAUGCCACUGCAUUGCCUUAAUAUGCCCUUUUCACGCUGCCUCCUUCUCUGCUCUGUUUUUUCUCAAAAGUGAGGAUCUGCUCCUCCCGCUUCAUUUUCCGAGGAUUUAGCAGUUGCGUUAAAUAAAUCAUUAUUUAAAUACAGACAGCUAGUUAAAGAUGGAUAAUCAAAGAAAGCAUGUUAAGACCUUUACUGUGAUGUAAAUACUUCACUGGAGUACAGUUCUGUGUUCAUAAAAGUAGGCAUUUGUGUCUCCAAAUUACCGUAAUACAAUCCUAAUAAAUCUCAAAUUAGAACAUGCUUUUUUUUUUUUUUUUAUAAAAAUAGAUCUAAGGACAAGUCGUUUAGUUUUGCAUGCAGGAUAAUCCAAAUUGUAGCACUAUUUUAACAUCUAUAAUUAAACCUGUUAUUCAAAAUCAACUUGUCAGUGUUUUUAACCUUGUUAAAGUUGUUCCCCCUUCCAAUUUACAGUCACCUUUACAACUCUCCAACUUGUAUUGGGAAAAUGUAAUUUAAGAUCAAUAUUGAGAUUUAAAAUGUCAAAAUUUUAUCAAAAUGAUCCACAGCUGUCAUUUAUUUAGCAUUAAUUUAACUAUAUAGCACACACAGGUGCAAAAUAUCUUCUUUAAUUUUAAUUCAAUUAGCAUUAGCUUCACAAAUGCUUACUUCUAUAAGUGCAGUUUCUUCGAGUGAUAUAUUUACCGUACAUCAUAGUAAAGGCCUUGACAUUCUGUGAUUAUCCAUCUGUAACGUCUCGUGCAACGCUUGCUAAAUCCGCAAGGAGAAUAAAUGGAGCGGGAAGAGUGGAUCUGCACUUCUGAGAAAACUAGAACUAACCAGGCAGCAGCAUGAAAAGGUUCUAUAAGUAUUUAUUUGUUUUUUUCCUCUGCCCUUUUAGUCAGCUUUGGUCAAAGUUUGCUUCAUGUGCUUUUAAGUUUGAAAUUAAGGAGAUUUAGUUGAACAAAGAAACUAUUGUGAGGCCUUAAAUGCAAAGAUAUUUUUUCCCAUUGUUUUUAGAACAUUUUAUCAUCCAUCAUUAAUUAAACUAUGUUUGGAAAGAAAAUCUUUUGCAAAAAACAUUUCAUAACAUCUGUCUUUUUUACAAGCACGUUACACACUUUGAAUCAAAUUAACUGAUGACUUAUUUCAAACCCCAGUCAUAAAGGAGUGAAGAGGUGUUUUUAAGCCUAUUGUAAAUAAGCACACUUGGUAGGAUUUAUUUUAUAUUAACAAUGAUACACGUGCUACUUUGACCUAAGUCCAUUGUGUCUUAAUAUUGUAGACUUCUAAUUGACUGGCUUUGUAAUCAGGAUUCUUUUCGAUAAUCUAAACUGUUUUAACAGGAGGGUUUCAACUUUGGUUUGGGGGCUAUUUAUGAUUUUGUGUACUUGUGGAAAUAUAAACCAUUUGUGCUGUUUAAUAAAUCCUCAUAAUUACUGUU